GUUAAAAUUCGCGUGGCAAAGACGACGCCGCGGAGAAAGAGGAUCACCUUUUCUGUAGACCGCGAUUAUCCGAAAUAAAAUAUCGUUGACCCAGUUAGCAGCGCAAAAGUAAUUAGACAUUCGCGCGGCGGUAGACCAGCGGGCCAUCGUAGGUGAGAGAGUCGUUGAUCGAUCCUUCCUCGUUGCCGAGCGCAUGUACGCGAUCCAUCGUAAAUUCACAUUUCCACUUGUGUAUCAGUGCGUGCGGUGACAUCGGACUUGAAAUACGGCACGCGGGCCGCCCAUCGGCGAUGCCUAUACGAACGGAGGAAAUUUAGUCUCGACUAGAUUCGUGGUUCGCGGUUGGUGAGAACGGGGUUGCCGAGGGGUACUUGUGUGGGUCAUAGUGGAGGAGACAGGGGAGCACGAUGCCCCCCAUAAUCGGGGAAACACUGCGCGUAUGGUUCCUCUCGGCGUUGGUGGUGCACGGUGCUGUCGCUGGCAAUCCAGACGCGAAACGCCUUUACGACGACUUGCUCUCAAACUAUAACAAACUAGUGCGCCCCGUUGUGAAUACGUCGGACGUGCUACGCGUGUGCAUUAAGCUGAAACUCUCGCAGCUCAUCGAUGUGAACCUGAAGAACCAGAUCAUGACGACGAACCUGUGGGUCGAACAGUCAUGGUACGAUUACAAGCUGCGAUGGGAGCCGAAGGAAUACGGUGGGGUCCACAUGCUACACGUGCCGUCCGAUCACAUAUGGAGGCCCGACAUAGUCCUCUACAACAACGCGGACGGCAACUUCGAGGUGACCUUGGCCACGAAGGCCACCAUCUACCAUCAAGGAUUGGUCGAGUGGAAGCCCCCGGCCAUUUAUAAGUCAUCCUGCGAGAUCGACGUGGAGUACUUCCCAUUCGACGAGCAGACCUGCGUCCUCAAGUUCGGUUCGUGGACCUAUGACGGCUUCAAGGUCGAUCUGAGGCACAUGGACGAGAAGUCGGGGAGCAACGUGGUGGACGUCGGAGUCGACCUGUCCGAGUUCUACAUGUCGGUAGAAUGGGACAUUUUAGAAGUGCCCGCAGUACGAAACGAAAAAUUUUACACCUGCUGCGACGAGCCGUACCUGGAUAUUACGUUUAACAUAACGAUGCGAAGGAAAACGCUUUUCUACACCGUGAACAUAAUUAUCCCGUGCAUGGGAAUUUCCUUCCUCACGGUGCUGACGUUCUACCUACCCAGCGACAGCGGGGAAAAGGUCACGCUUUCCAUCUCCAUUCUCAUCAGUCUCCACGUGUUCUUCCUGCUGGUCGUCGAGAUCAUUCCACCUACGUCGCUGGUCGUGCCGCUGCUUGGAAAGUACCUGAUAUUCGCCAUGAUACUCGUUUCGAUAAGUAUAUGCGUGACGGUGGUCGUACUCAACGUCCACUUCCGAUCUCCGCAAACUCAUAAAAUGGCUCCUUGGGUAAAGAGAGUUUUCAUCCACAUCCUCCCACGCCUGCUGGUCAUGCGAAGGCCUCAGUACAAAUUCGAGACAAAUAGGUAUAGCUCGGGCAGGGUAUUAAUGAGAACGGUCAGAGGGAAGGAGAAGACUUGUUAUUAUCCCUAUCAUCCAUCCACUCAAGAGGACAGCGAGGAACACCUAACGCCUAAACGCUUCCACAGCCGCGCCGCAUCGAAGGAAGACCUUUCACCCUCCAGUCUCGCUGACGGAGCGAGGUUCGGCGGAAGUUGCCUGAUCCACGGCCCGCCUCUGCCACCGCUUCCUCUUCACACGGAAUGCGAGGACCUCUCGGUUUCCGGGGAGCCGGUGAUCGAAGACGUUAAAAGCCCGGUGCUGCGGAGCCCGCCGCCGUUCUCCCAUUCACGAUGUCCACCCGAGAUCCACAAAUCCUGCAUCUGCGUGCGCUUCAUCGCGGAGCACACCAAAAUGCUCGAGGACUCGACCAAGGUGAAAGAGGACUGGAAGUACGUGGCGAUGGUGCUGGACAGACUGUUCCUAUGGAUCUUCACUCUGGCAGUGCUGGUGGGCACGGCUGGGAUCAUCUUGCAGGCACCGACGCUGUACGACGAUCGCGUACCGAUCGACAAACAGUUCAGCGAGUUCGCCACCACGACGGUGGUGAACUGUCCGCCGCAACAAUAGUCCAUGCCCGAGCCCUGCACCGUGGAGAAAGACUAAGGGCCAACGGCACCCGGAAGUACGUAAAUCGUUACUCGACCCGGAUAUCCCAAUCCCAGUCUUUUAAACGACUUCCAACUUCCGCCUUUGUCCCGACUCCAAACGAAAUCACGGUAAAUGGGCUCCGAUUCUUCCCAAGUAUACGACGCGACACGUAAGUAUACAAGCUUGACUCGAUCGAACAACAGUUUCGACGAUACGUUCGAACGAACUGAUCAACAUCGGGUGUGGUGUAUCGUCGGAGACGAAAGAUACAGAAUAUUUUUAUCCAGUGAGGAUUCGUUGAGAUCCUUUAACGACGUCGACGGUGCGAACGUCUCGAUUCGAACGUUCCAACAGCCACGUUCGAGCGUCGGUAAAGGUAAAACGUCGCGAGAACAAUUUUGACGAAGAGAACUUAUACCUACAUAGUCUGCUCAAAUAAAUCGUAAUAUGAAGCUGCCACUACUUAAAGAAAUCAGGUUAAAUCUUAAAGGAGAACAAGCUAAUUAACGAGUACUGUAAUGAUAACUUAGCCUGCACGGGUACCGUGGCUCCGAUCAAACUACCGGGAUCGAGGGACUCGGUCACGAGUCACGAGACCCUCGACGUUACGUUUAUAAAAGGAACGUUCGCGGAGUAAAAAUUGUUGCGUGUUUUAUACAUAACGUAAUGAACAUCCCGUUUAGCCGACACAACGUUAAGAGGAAAAUUAUUCUAGGCAUCACCGAUCGUAGAUAGCUCGUUGUGCGACACGAAUUUAGCGUGUAAACUUAACGUAUAAUCGAUUAUGUUUUAAAUAUUUAGGGAAACGUACCCCGUUUGUACGAAUUGUAAUAUCUAUGUAAGAGAGGGAGGAUCGAGCGGUUCGAAUCUAUCGUGCAUCGAAAUGUCCCAUGGAAUUCCCAUCGCAGAAUCACGCACCGAUUUCUAUUUGAUAAAACGUUUCAUACGAUUCUACCGGGAAUGUUAAAAGAAUUAAGUCGCGCGUUCGUCGCCGAGAUGUUUAUUCGAAAACAGUGAAAAUUCAAUUUGGAGACGAAUAAUUUCAGAUCGUCCAUUGAUCAUUCGAGUCGUAACGAGUCCCGCGAGACAUUUGGCUGCACGCGCGUUACACGUACUUCGCCUCUGUAAAAAAAUAUAUUGUAUUUUGUAACGAGAGUCGAAACACACGCGAUAAUGAUAACCGAUAGUUCUGUAAGAACAAGUAAAGCAUACGAAUUCUAAAGCUGAUAGAUGUAGCUGAAUUGAACAACCGUCGAACGUCGUUGUUCAAUGCCAUAGUAGGUACCUACAUACGUGGUCGAUGUUGAUAUCACUGUGAAUCGUUUUAUUUCUACCCUUCUCUCCUUCCGUUCCUUCUUUUUAUUUAUUGAUUUCCUGUGUAAUUACGCGCCCAUGUAUAAACACGUACUCUAUUCGCGGUUGAAUAAAAAAAGAUCGUCGGUUCACCCCUCGCGCGAGGGGACCGGGAAUCGUGAAACGUCGGAGAAUCCGCGACUUUAACGAGCGAACAAUUCUCAACGACGAGUCCUAAUUUCCAUAUACUUUUUCAACCGAAUCUUAAACUUCUCUUAUUCGAUUAACGAGAGUCUCUGAUUCUUCGACGUUCGUUAGACGUAUUCAUAGUUGAGAGUAACACGAUAGUUGUAACGCAUCCAAGGUACGACGCCUUACGUUGGAGUGUAAAUAUGUAGGGUGAACAACAAUUUAUUGGUUCCGUAAAUACUGCCAUUAGAAAGCGUUGUUAGCGUGAGAGACGUUUUUCGAGACAUCGGCGAACCUCCGCGAUUCUCCAUCGAUCGGUGAUCAAAUACGUGCCAGUGAAUUUCUAUAAAAUUGAGAUUUUGUUCCACUUUGAGAUCUCGAAUGAGUCGACGAGCGACGCCUGGAUAACGAAUUAACGAGAGAGGAUGGUCGCCGAUCGAUUGGGAAUCGAGGCCAAAGCGUCGAAAAGAGAGAAGUGAAAAAACGUAUUUGCUACCUGAUUGAUAAAUCGUCCAGUGAACGCCGAACGCAAGAAACGAGGAACGGGAGUCGACGUCGAUGACUGCCGCGUGAGCCACGAUAUCCUCCUUUAGCGGAACGAACGAGACUAUAAGAAGUUUUACUUUGCACUAGAACGGUAGGGAAGAACGCACACAUUUUCUAUGAAUAGGGCCAGAGUUAAAGUUACGUGUUAAAAAUCAUAAUUACGCAAUUAGUGUAUCGAACGCAGCCCGUGUCGGAUCGUCAGCUUGUAUGAUCCCACCUGUUCCCAAUAAGAAUACACGGCGAACCUUCGAGUCUCACUUCGACAAUAGUGCGAGGGCUGAUCGAUGAUCAUCGUCCGAGAUCGAACGUUUUUUAGGAUAAUCAUCGAGUCCCACCCUCGUAGAUUAUUUCGACUAUUGUUACUCCGACACCUUGAACGGUCGUUGAACCCGUCGCUGUGUCUGUCUGCUGUUGUCCAAAAUGGAAGAGCGAAGGGGACACGAAUGAAACAAAUACGUGGUAAUCUAGUCAGGAAUUAGCGAGAACAUAGAAACGAUACUUGUAAUCUUAAGAUGUACAUAAAUAUGUAAAUACUUAAACGUAAAAUCGCGAGUCAGAGGCUAUAAUAAAAGGCGAUUGUGGACUUUUUUUACUAUUGCAAGAGAGACUGGGAUCACGCAUUUCUCACAGUGGAAUCCCACGACGCAUUGUUUAAAAGAAACCAAAAGAUAUAUAUUAUAUAUAAAUAUAUAUAAAAAUAAUUGUCGAUGCUAGUCGAGAUUUUACGGACUAAACGUCGUUCGGUUUAUCAAUGACAACGAACAGGUAAUUUUAAUUUUCUUCCGUCGUUCUUUAUUCUUGCGAGUUUUAUUUAACUUCGGUGACGAAUAUUCUUAUUAAUCGAUUCUCGCGUACGAUCGUCUGCGUUCGUGUGCUCGUUUAAACCGAUAACGUUAAGUUGUUUCACACGAGAAUCUGUCGACCUUGAACAAGCAGGAAACACGUCGAAACUAAAAACGUGUAACGGGUAAAUUUAAUCGCGAAAACUCGCGUACUUUGAUUCAUAAUUUACUCUCUUUCGUUGAACAAAUGAUUCGUUCUAUUAUGAUAAACGGAUCUCGUCUGACUAUGCAAAAGAUCUAGAGAUUAAAAUCGCGGCGCAGCUAGAGGCGAUAACUCGCCGAUAAAUGGCCUUUGCAUGGAACUAUUGUAUUUAGUGUUCUUCCAGCAGCGAAUGGGAGACAAGAUUUUGUCGAAGAGAGAGAGAAAAUUUGUAUGCGUUCAUCGAUAACGCAAUUUAUACCUACGGGAUUUAAACAAAGUGUCUCGCGCAGGUAUUUGAAUAAAACUUAACGCCUGAACGGUGAUCGCUAUGCGGGUGUUAACGCGAACCGUGAAACUUCUUCGAUCUCGUUUUACGUUCGUUCGGAAAAAUUCAAUUUUAGAGUACAUCUUUGAACAACGCCGAGAGAGAGAGAGAGA